GCACUAAUAACCCAACCUCUCCAUUUACUUCUCUUUGAAGCCUGCAAGCCGCCAAAUUUAUUUCGGGCACAAUACGUGUCAUUCCCGUAACCUGUCCCGCCCUUAUUACUGAAUCUGAUUUGUUUUUUAUGGACUCUGUGUAGUGUUCAGGUUACAUUUAAUUUCAAUCAUAUUAAACCCUGAUUAAACCCUGUUGUAUAGAAUUUAAGCGUUCCUGGAAGAGGGAGAACUUGUUGAAGGCUGAAAUGGAAGGCAGGUAUGAUUCGGAUUUAGAGCUCAAAUAUGCAGAUCAGAUUGCUGGGCUUCUCAGUACACCUUCACCCCAGGCUGUUGAGAAAUACUAUGACAAGCUUGCUCUAGAAGGGCAUGGUCAAGGCUUGAAGGUUAAACAAACUAGAGAAAUGGGAAAGGGUGUAUUUGCAGAGAGGGAUUUUCAAGAGGAAGAGUUGGUAUUGCAAGACCGCAUGUUGGUUGGGGCACAACAUUUUUCUAACAAGGGUGAUUCUUUUGUUUGCAGCUUUUGUUUUUGUUAUAUUGGAUCAAUAGAAAUUCAAAUUGGACGGCGAUUAUUCUUACGGUCUGUAAAUAUUGACAACGGAGAUGGGUUGCAUCAUCAUCAUAGCCUUCAAUUACCUGACAACAAAUCAAAGAUGACAUCACAUAUUCCUAAAGAAGUGGUGGAAGAUCUUCUUAAUGGGAAGCUUUCCUUGCCGUUUUCAGAACAUUUCCCAUUGCCUGUCAUUACAAAAUGCAUUGGUGGGUGUUCUGACGAAAGUUAUUGCAGCAUAUCCUGUGCCGAAGCUGCCUGGGAAGCUUUUCAUUCAUUACUCUGUACCGGGGAAAGAUCUCUGUGUAAGAACAGAGCUGGACUACUAGAUUUCAAACAACAUGCGGAUGAGACAAAUGAUAUUUUCCAUGUUGCUGCUCAGGUCAUUUCUAAAGUCAUUCUUAAAAGUAGAAAGGGAAAGGAAAAUCUUCAUGAGGAUUUCAACUGGUCUGAAGUAUUGAAUAUAUGGGAGCCAUUUGCUAUGGGAUAUAAGAAACUGUGGUGGGAGUGUGUUGCAUUACCGGAAGAUAUUGAUCCCAUCGACGAGUCAGAAUUUAGAAAGGAAAUAAAGGAAUUUGCAUGGACGUCUUUGCAACUUCUCAAAGGAGCAAUUUUUGAAGAAGAAUAUGCACCACUAUUUUCCCUUCAAGUCUAUGGGAAAAUCAUUGGCAUGUUUGAAUUAAAUAACCUAGAUUUAGUAGUGGCCUCACCUGUAGAGGACUAUUUUAUCUACAUUGAUGAUCUGCCACAUUCUGAAAAGAUAGAAGCUGAAAAAAUGACAAGGCCUUUUCUUGAAGCACUAGGUGAUGGCUAUGCCACGAAUUGUGAAGGCACUGCAUUCUUUCCAUUGCAAAGUUGCAUCAAUCAUUCUUGUGAGCCAAAUUGUAAGGCUUUCAAGCGAGAACAGGAUAAGGAUGGUCAAGCUAUAUUGGUGGCUACUAAACCUAUCGUUAAAGGUGAACAGAUCUUUAUUUCUUACAUUGAAGAAGACAUGCCGUUGGAGGAAAGGGAAGCAUCUCUUUCAGAUUAUGGAUUUGUUUGUAAAUGUACCAAAUGCUUACAAGAAAAAGGAAAUACUUCAGUAGCUGCACCAGAUAUAUGAAAUGUCAGUUUUCAUAAAUUCCUUGUAAGAGGUGAUCUACUCAAGUUGAUCUCGAAGAGAAACAUUCAGAUAUGUGAGUAGCAAAUCAUUUGUGGGCGGUCGCAUUAAUCUUCUCUGCCACAGUACUAUAUUGAAUUCUGCUCACAAAAUUGGAAAAUGCUAGAGAGAAUUUAAUGAGAAAACCUAGAGAAAAUUUAUUUGUACUCACAUAAUUGAAAAUUAUGUGUUUGUGUAAAGGAACAUGCAUUACAAGUACAAAAGGAACCUGUAAAACACAACAAAUACAAGAAUUCGCUCAAAGUGCAAGGAGUUUGAAACCCUGCAUGUAUGAUAAAUAUCUUGUUUGUGAGAAAAUAUGAGAAUUGUUGUACAUAAAUCAGAUGUGAGAACCAUUUUGCAAAAAUGCCAAAAAAGUGCUUGUUUCUAUUGGAUA